AUGGCUGAACAACAACAACAACAACAGGAGCAACAAGAACGAGGAAAUAAUCAAAGUCGUUUGCCAAGCGAUUGGUUUUAUUCGUCAGUGAUGUUAACAAAUCAUUUGGAUAUCGGUGAACAUGCUGGUAUUGGUAGUUUUCAAAUGGAUCACCUGGAACAAAAUGAUCAAUCAAUAUUAGCCUGUAAUAAUCUUUCGAUUCCAGAAUUUUCGCGUAUUUGCCAAAAUACUGACGUAGCAAACGAUCUAUACCCUGAUAUUGUAACUACUACUUCCUCAUCCACUUCUCCUUCCACAUUAUGCAAAUCAUCAUUUCAGAUUUCCUGUUUGGAAACAUCUAUCUCACAUGAUAAAAUCAUUCAAAAUCAAGAUAUACAAAUCAAAGAUUCAAGUAGUGAAUCAAAUAUAGGCACUGAUACUAAUUUUACCUAUACAAUUGUUAGCAAUCCGAAUUCCCUAAUGACCAAUCGAUCUAGUAUGAACAAUUGUAAUCGUAAAUUACAGAGCCAAUACCGAAGUAAACGUAAUCAACGUGGUAAUGUGGAUAAACCACGUAUAACGUUAAUCUGUAAUAAUAAUGUUGGAAGUAGCAGUAGCAGAAAAAAUGAUAAUAUUCAGCUAGAAAGGGUCGAAAAAGUAGAAGUAGAAGAUAGUGACGGUGAUGGUGGAAGAGCACCGCCCAAUGUACUUUAUUCACACUCAACAGCAAAUAGCUCCGAUAAAAUGAAAUGGGAUUGUGGUGUGAGGUGGCCAUCAGCAAAGCGAACCGGAAUGCUCACGUCAUCUUAUUCAGUGAAUAUCGAUGCGCACGACAAUUCAGGCGCACCAGAUGACGGUAUGACAACAGCAAUGGAUAUUGAUGGUAAUGCGGGAAUGAUCGAAUCAUCUAUAAUUGAUAUUGGAUCGGAAUUUGGUAGAAAUACUGGAGAAGUGAUUCAGGAGAUGAAGGUGACAACGAAUACGAUUCUUGAUAACGAAGGAUCAAAAGGUAUUGCCGUUCCAAAAGCAACCAUACAACUUCAGAAUGAAUCCAAUUUAACGGAUGCAACCACUGUAACGGCAAAAGGAACAACAUCUCCAUCAGUUUUGCCAUCAUCAAAGGUUGGAUUGGAUGAACAAUCUUCGUCACCAAUAGCUUUAUUCGAAAAUUUAUCACUACCCUCCAAAAAGGUACCGAUUAAAAAGCGACUCAUACAUAGUUCCCUUACAACAGCAUCAUAUAAUAAGAGUGCAAAAGCGACAAAUACCUGUACGAACAUUUCACCGAACACGUAUGAUACCUUAUCGGAGCAUCAUCAACCUCUACCGACAACAAUCGCUUCUGGUGCGAUAGUUGCAAGUACUGCUACAGAGAGUGCAUUCUCGAGCUGUUAUCAAAUAACAGCAACCGGAUCAACGGGUACUAUGAUCAAUGAGGAUCCUAUGCCACCUGUAACUACUUAUUCGAAACUAUUGACUAGUAAUGAUGCUUAUGGAAGUGUACUGAAUGAUCACGCUAUCAGGAUUGCAUCCAACUCUGAUCCAUUACCUAUAGCAGCGGCAAAUAGCUUAUCCGAAGCAGAAAUCGUUAACUUAUUAUGCCGAAAUCUUUGCGAUAUUGAGCGUAUUAUUGCACAACAACGGAUUGCUUAUUCCGGAACAUCAGCUAUCCAACUACCAUCGCUACUAUCACAAUGUAAUGAUGAGCAUAAAUCACAGGUAAGCUAUACGGGUUCAGGAAUUGUACCACAUCAUGAACAACAACAGCAACAACAAUAUCACCAUCAUCAUCAUCACCAUCAUCAUCAGAAUGUUGCUAUGGAGCGACGACGAUCUGGUACAAUAGACAGCAACGAUACACGGCGAUUUCAUCCAUAUGUGACAAUACCAGCAGCAGCGACAACAACAACAACAACAACGACGACAACAACAAAAGCAAUACCAACAACAGCCUGUUGUAGCAAUAAUAUCACCGUUUGGUCACCAUCGGCACCAUCUCGAGCUGAUCUCAAGCAGAAAUAUCUCCGUUCCCUAGCACCUGUACUUUAUGAUUUAUUAACCGAUGAUUGCGAAUCCAAGAAUUGUCAAAAAACCACUGAUUCAAUGGAUUGUUCAAUUUUGAAAAGUUGUGUGGAACCAUCUAUGGAUUCCUAUUUUCGAUCUUUGUCACUGUUAGCUGCAACUGCUAGCCUUCCAUUUACUAAUAACAAAUUUGAUCAUUUACCGUUCAAUUAUAUUGACUAUUUUGCCCUUCAGCAGUGUAGUUUAUUAUUCGGAUCAACACCGGUAACAUCCACUGAUUUGCUCAAAUUGGCUCAAUCAGCAAAUCUUCUGCAUAGUGCCGCCCUAACGAUACCAACAACCAAUCCGGAAACAAUAUUAUCCGACAAAAUUCCAUUCACCAACAAGAUUGAUCAGGUAAACUAG